CUGAAAGCUAGAGACAAGAGAUAGCUAUAAAUUUGCCGUUUAUUUUUUGUGGAUCUUUAUACUAAUUAUUAAACUUGUCAAUACUUUUAACUUUCACAGUUCCAAAGUGACAGUUGUUAUAGAUACAUGAUGGAUCAGAAAUCUAUGGGAAAGCUUCUCCCUAAUCUUGAAAUUACGUUAGGACUUGAUACUGAUUCAGAAAUUUUUACUGAGGAAGGUGAGCUCUAUGAUUCUCUAGAUGAAGAGCUUGAAGAUUUUAUGGAAAAUGAAAAAGAUCAAAAGCAGGUCGAAGUUUAUCGUACAUGGAUGCAGACAUUACAAGAGGUUAAAGUCUAUGAAAAUAAAGCUGGAACUUUCGUCACUGGAGUGGAUCUUGCUUCUGAGGCAUUAAUAAAAAAGUUACAAGAGCGUGCUGAAAGGUUUGGCAUAACAAAAAAGGAUGGACCAAUUACACAAAAGAAAAUUGACGAGUUAUAUAAAAGCUUAGGCAUUGAACCAGAAAAUUUAAACACAUGUAAAUUGAAAAAUAUUCGUUUAGAAGCUCUUCAUAUGCGUGGAGUCGAGGAGAUGAGUACAACUGAUAUUUUUACUUAUUUUGAAGAUUAUUGUCCUGCAUCUGUGGAAUGGAUCAAUGAUAUUUCAUGCAAUGUUAUUUGGUUGGAUGCUGCAAGUACAGCAAGAGCAAUGAUUGGUAUGAGCCGACCUUUGACCUUAAAGAAGAAAGGUACCACAAAGCAAAAAGUAACAGAAUCGGUGGCCAAAGGAGUUGGCCAAUGGAUCGGUGGCCAAAGGGGAGUAAAAAGUCCGGAGGUUGAAUAUAUUAUUGAAAUGUCCGAUUUAGAGGAAGAUGAAUGCAGUGAUAAAAAAGAAUCUGAUGAAACGGUAGUGAAAUCUAUGGAAGUUGAUUCCCUGCCAGAUACUGAGAAACCAGGUAAAUCUGAAACAAAAAAUGAUUCAUCUGAAGUAGUCAAUGUACCAGUGCCACCAGGUUACUGGAGGAUUGGAAUUCGUCAUCCUAAAUCGAAAGCCAUAUUGCUGAGGUUCGCCACAAGAGAUGAUAAAAAACUGCCAGGUGCAGAGAAGAGGAGCCAAUACUAUCAAAAAUAUGGAAAUCCGAAUUAUGGAGGUUUGAAGGGUCUCAUUAGUUCAUCUAGGAAACGCAAGAUGCAGGCUGCUAGGAACAGACAAGUCGUUGAAAAAUUGACUGAAGACAUCACUUCUCAGUCAGAAAACAAUUCUGGUGAAACAAGCAAAAGAACUGUAAUUAAAGCAAGCCGAACUAAAAUGCCAAGAAUGAGAAUGUAUGCAGACGAUGAGGAAGCAAAAAAGAAAAAAAGCGUCCCUGUGCAUUAUGAAGCAGAACGCAAAAGUGUUCAUAGUCGUCUUGGAACAAAAUAUACUAAAGACGACUUGUCUCAACUUGGAAAUAGAUUUUCUAGUGAAAGUGAAGAAGAAGAUGAUAAUAUUUCUAUACAUUGUACCGUGCCAGACCGAUACAAUGUUUGGACAGAUAUUGCUGAAGAAGACCGUAGGCAAGACAUAGCUGAAGAAGACCGUAGGAGACCUCGAGCCAAUUCACCAGACACCGAGUCAUUUGAUCAGAGGAAAUCUCGAAGUCAUGAGAAAAAAGGAGGUAGAUCUUUUGCUCGUAAUCGUAGCUCUCCAGAAUCUGCGGGAGGUUCUAGGCCUUGGAGACCAUCUCGAGAUGAUUCAUCAGAAGAUCUUCGAAGGGCAUUGAGCUCUCGAAGGCAGAGCCCUCUGAACAGGCGUGAGGAAGAUUUGCGUUCUAAAAUCAAGCGAAUUAAGAAAGAUGCUGGGAACAAGCAUCGAUCCCCUAUGUUUAUGGAUGAUUAAAGUUUUCCAGUGUAAAAAUAUCAUCAUACAUUUGCAUUUGUUGGGUAUGGUUUUAUGAUAGCACUUCAUAGUAGGAUUGAAAAAUAAAAUACAUGUCAUCUUUUUAGAACUUGAAACAAAGUCUGCACAUUAUUUUGAUAAGCAAUUAUACGAUGUUUGAAACAUGAUUGUUUCAAACAUCGCAUAUUUCAUUUCUUUUGAUUAAUCAUGUAACCAGUUUGUUGGAGAAUUGUAUAUUGUUGUAUGUUGGCAAUAAAUUUCAUUACUCAUUUGAUAUGA